AUGUCGGAGGGUGCUGGAACGGCCAGCCCAUACCAGCUUCGUGAUUUGUUCGUCACAUUCCUAAACAACUGCUUCGUCGCAAGCCCUAAAGGAAUAUGGGAACACUCAUGGAAAUCAAUGAGCGAGGACAUACUUCACAAGAGGCAAAGGAUCUUAGGCCACGCGAAUCUGGAACUGGACGAUAAUACCCUGGAGCAAUACACAUUGAUAGAAGUUGAAAAGUUGAUGCACAUGCAAGAUCGCUCCUUAAACGAUAUUAAAGAUAUGCCGAAGAUCAACCCUGUUUUGCUCCAGGAAUUGGGGAACACCGCAUUGCUACUACCAAACGGGAGAACAGCUCAUUCUCGCUUCAAUAUUCCAUUGAAGCUCGACGAAGAUAAGCUUUGCAACAUCAAACCAGGUACAAUGCUUUCUGAACUAAUUGAGGAAACGGACCUCAUAAUUUGGGAUGAGGCACCUAUGACACACAAACAUGCUUUCGAAGCAUUAGACAAGUCGUUGAAGGACAUAAUGUCUAUCAAAAAUCCACCCGCAAAGAAUCAGCCUUUUGGCGGCAAAACAGUUAUGUUAGGUGGUGAUUUCAGACAGAUCCUACCAGUCAUUCCGCAAGGUGGAAGAGCUGAUACUGUAUUAGCUUCGAUAAGCCAUUCAUAUAUAUGGAAUAGCUGCCAGAAGUUCUCUUUGAAAACAAAUAUGCGAGUAAAUCAGGAUGAGAAAGAGUUUUCUGAAUGGCUUCUCAGAGUCGGGGAAGGUCGUCUAGAAGCAGAACAAGAAUAUGAGGAGGAUGGGUACCAUGACCAAUUCAUAGAUAUCGAUGAAUCAUUGAUUUGUCAGAGUUUUGUUGACCCAUUGAAAGAAGUUGUUGAUGCCGCAUAUGGACAAAUCAGCAGCCCGAUGAAUUCCAAGACUUCCUACACCGAUAAAGCUAUCCUCACACCCCGUAACAAAACCGUUGAUGAAAUCAAUGCUUACACCAUCUCACGGACCGACGGGGUAUCAAGAGAUUACUACAGCUCAGACAGCUUUGAGUUAUCAGAUACUACAUCAGAUCAAAAUGAUAGACUAUACUCCAUUGAGUAUCUUAACUCAUUGGAAUUCUCGGGUUUGCCUUCGCACAAACUUACUCUGAAAGUUGGUGCCCCAGUUAUGCUUCUCAGAAACAUAAAUCAGAAAAAGGGAUUAUGCAAUGGUACGCGGAUGAUCCUAACCCACGUUGGUGAACGCGUUCUGAAGGCCGAGAUCAUCACUGGAUCCCACAUUGGAGAAGAGGUCUUGAUCCUAAGAAUUGUGUUUUUGUAUGAUGAAACAAAAUUACCGUUCACAUUACGUCGGCGGCAAUUUUCUAUCAGAUUGUGCUACGCAAUGACAAUCAACAAAAGCCAAGGCCAGAGUUUAAAAGAGGUCAUCUUAUAUCUGCCUCAACCAGUCUUCUCUCAUGGUCAACUUUACGUGGUCCUCUCCCGUGUCACAAGCAAAGCAGGAUUAACGAUCAUCAAAACUGAAGAUCCCCACCAGCUGAAAGUGAAGAAUAUAGUCUACAAAGAAAUAUUCAAAGGCCUUCAUCCCGAGACAAGUCUUUUCUUUCUCAUGACCCUCAAAAAAACUUCUGAUCUGCGAAAGACUUAA